AUGGUGUACAAAGAGGCAAACGAAUGCGAGUAUUUUACUCCAUUGACACAGUCAAAGAAGGAGGAACUACUACGACUAGAGUCUGCAGGCAAGACACCGCGAAGAGUUAAAGUUUACUUACUAGAAGGAGAGGAUUGGCUAGAUAAUGGAACAGGCUUUUGCGUCGGUGAGAUUGACGAGGACACGAGAGUUCCAUAUUUUCUUGUCAAGAGAGAGUCAAAGAAAAAUGAAGUCAUCCUCAAAUCUAAUCUUGAAGGGAAUAUCCAAUAUCAACGACAGCAAGAUACAUUAAUAGUUUGGACCGAUCCCUCGGGAUCCGAUCUAGCCUUAUCAUUUCAAGAAACAGAAGGUUGUGCAGAUUUGUGCGACUUUAUUAUCAAGGUACAACAAGGGAACUACAGUCCUAAUAUUUCCCUAUAUUACGUGAUUUCAAGACAGCCUGAGUGCGAAGACAUCACCGAGUUGGUUACUGGCCCGAUACGGUAUCCUCCCCCACUGCCGAGCGAGGAAAAUAUAGAAACCGUUCUUGAUUGUUUGAAUCAGGGCGCCGGCUCGCAAUUCACUAGAACAAAUAUACUGGAUUACUUGGUGGAAAGCAAAUACUUUGAAAAACUAUUAGAUCUUUUCAGAUAUGCUGAAUCGAAUGGAAAUACAACUGUUCUACAUCAUUUAAGUGACAUCGUGAGGGUAUUGUUAUCGUAUAAUGAACCAUCAUUGCUCGAGGAUAUGCUUUCGUCUGAAACAAACAUCCUUCUACUUUCAGGCGUGUUCGAAUAUGAAUCGAGCGUCUCAGAGCCCAAGCCGUCGUACCGAACCUUUUUCGAGCAUACGCAGUUCAAAACUGUAAUCCCCACCACUGAGCAAGAACUUUUCAAACGGGAUCAUUAUUUAACUGUUUUGAAAGAAUCGGUUUUGACCAAAUACCUUGAUGAUCAUACCGUCAGCCAGUUGAACUCAAUGAUAUAUGAAAACCAGGUUAAAAUAUUGAAGCACUUGAAGAGUGCCGGGGUUCUCGAACAACUAUUUGAAAUCUAUGACACUGAAGGAAGUGCUGAACUCAAGCGUGAUGGAGUGAAGAUGCUACAUCAAUAUAUAUUACUAGCAAAAUCAAUUCAAAAACAUGACUUUUUUGCGCUGCUUAUCAAACCAGGACUAUUUACAAUGGUUAACUUUGCUCUCAAUGAGACUGAGGAUAGCAUACGAAUAAUGGGCACUGAAUUGAUUGUUACUGUUAUAGAGCAAAGCGUUGCUUUGACGAAUUCUGGGGAUCAAGAGCCUUCAAUUGAUAACUCUGAACCACCAAUACGAUCUUGCCAAGAGGAAACUACCCCGAGUUUGCCGCAUGAUGUGGUUAAUGACUUGAGGAGAGAUGUCAGUGAAAGCAAAUCCGACUUGAGUUCAUUUGGUGGUUACUUUGUGUCAACUUUGAGUGAAAUAAUAGCCAACGACGAGCAUGUGGGUUUAAAGUAUCAGGCUUUUGAGGCAUUGAAAACCUUGUUGGAUCCUUCUGUGUUGGAGAAUGCAGAAGAUGGCGCAGUCGAUGAAUCGGUGGGCAGCAUAGUAUCAAGUCAAGAAUCUUUGGAUCAAGAGGAUCAGAAACGUGAUGACAAGAGUGACAAUGAAGUUAGCGCACCCCUUCAUUUGGCAUCUUUCUACAAACAAGUGGCGCCAAAAUUGUUUGCCAAGUUGGUGGCUAUUACUGAGUACACUGAAUAUAACGAUCCGCUUUCACAUGCAAACUCCACUUUACUUCUGCUCCUAUGUGAUUUUAUUGUAUUUGGUGCAAAAGAACAUGACACUGUGCACGUUAGAAACUUUCUUGUUGAGCACAAGGUUUUGCAGGGUAUGGUCAAGUUGUUAGAUUCCCCAUGUAAAAAAGUGUUGAAACUCCAUAUUGUCAGGUGCUUGAGAAGCGUUGUUUUACUCAAUGAUGACGAGAUAACCAACUACAUUUUAGAAAACGAUAUUCUUGAGAGCUUAUUUCAGUAUUUUGCAACGGUCAUCAAAGGGGACAACAUGUGCAGUUCAGCUUGUUUAGACUUUCUAAACAUUAUUCGCGUGCAAAGCGAUGCCAAGAACUUUGGAAAAAGAAGGAACUUCAAGUUGAUUGCUGAGUAUUUGAAAAAGCGUCAUGGUGAUGUGCUAGAGUCUGCCUCGUGCAUGAAGAUUGGUCCUGAUAUAGUUGGACUUGUUGAGAACAAUUUCAAUGAGAUGGAGAAUACCACUUUAGGUAUAUGUGGGGAGACCGAUUUGGAGCAACUUGGAAUACAUGAAAGUUUUAUCCGUAACGGAUUCAGUUGUAAUGAGGAUGUUGAAGACUUGAGCUUGGAAAGUCUGGUACGAGCUCAAAAUGGCUCAAUGGAUAGCAUGGGUGUCGGGUGCAAACUAAAUGAGGCAAGCCAAAUUGAACGUGGCAUAAACCGUGAAUCCACUGAUGAGGAAGAUUACAGAGAUGCAAAACUCGACUCAAGUUUGUCGAAAAUUGGAGAGAAAAGGCUGCGAGACUCCAACCAAGUAGCUGAUGUCAACAUUCACAAUCUGACAAAGAGAAGAAGUUUCGCUGAAAGCGAACAGGAGAAUAACUUUGAUGCUCUGAAUCCGACAGCUGAUAUUCCAACACCCUAUUUGGCGAAAUCGUCUUCUGGUGAAUACGUUAACGGAGAGACCUCCACCUCGGCAAAUAAAACGGAUUUUGAGACGGUCAAGGGAAGAUUAGUUGAGGUUAGUGGACAGGGAACUCAUGAUAGAUGA